CCGUGUAACUUGACCGCAGAGAGGGCAGAGCUGCGACAGUAAAGUCAAAUAUAUCGUAGUGGCAGUGGUUUCUAUUCAGAAAAUGAGAGGAAAUCCGUGUAGCUGUGCUUUCACAACAGGCUAAAUUCUAAAAACCGGAUCAGCUUUAUGAUUAAAAUCACUCUGAUAACCGAUAAUCAAUCAUGGAGAUCAUAAAGUAAUUAGUGAGGAACUUUGACGACAGCGUUAUAAAGAAGGAAGAAGAAGAAGUGAUGGAGGAACCGCUACGAAAUUAGACCAAAAUUAAUUAAAAAAAAAACCACGAGGAUGACUUUAAAAACGGGGACCAAGAAGAUGAUUUUAACGCUCUGUGGGAUGUAAAGAACUUUUUCUGUUCUACCAUGCAUAAGAGAUGGAUACGCCGGAGCUUGCCCCUCUUGAUUUUCACCUUCUUCAUCAUCCUCUACGUGGAUUUUCAGCUGCGCGCCACCAGCCUUCCCAGAGUCGCUCAUCAUCCUUCAACCCGUGCGCCCCUGCGCUCCAUCCAGCAGGCUCCGUCCAGUGCCAAGGACGCGCACAGCCCGGCUGGCAAUAGCAGCAGCAGCAGUGGUGGUGGCGAAACACGUUUUACUGACGUGAAGGGAGGAAUCUCUGAGAGUGCACAUGUAACCGAGUCAAAACUGGAGCUGGAGGACAUCUACAUCGCUGUGAAAACCACCGGGAGGUUCCACAAGACGCGCCUUGCGCUUCUUUUGGAGACUUGGAUCUCCAGAACCAAGGCGCAUACGUUCAUUUUCACAGACACCGAGGAUGAGGACUUAAGCUCAGAAGGUUACAACAUGGUGGUAACAGACUGCCAGUCAGAUCACAGUCAGCAGGCUCUCUCCUGCAAGAUGUCUGCCGAGUAUGACGGUUUCAUGGCCUCCAACAAGAGGUGGUUUUGCCACGUGGACGAUGAUAACUACGUGAACCCGGACGCCCUCCUCUCCCUGCUCUCGGCCUUCUCCCAGGAAGCCGACAUCUACGUGGGCAAACCGAGCCUGGACAAGCCCAUCACUGCACAUGAGCUGCUGGAGGGCAACACAACGAGGGAGGUGCGCUUCUGGUUCGCUACAGGAGGAGCAGGUUUCUGUCUGAGUCAACGGCUGGCACAAAAGAUGGCUCCAUGGGCGAGCGGCUCCCGGUUCGAGCAGACAUCAGCGACGAUCCGUCUCCCUGACGACUGUACGGUGGGCUUCAUCGUGGAGAAGAGGCUGGGCAUCUCCAUGGUCCACUGUCCUUUAUUCCACUCCCACCUGGAGAACCUGCUGCUCAUCCGCCACAGAAGCAUCCCACAGCAGGUGACACUGAGUUACGGGAUAUUUGAGAACAAGAUGAACAGUAUUGAGGUGAAGGGAAGCUUCUCUAAGGAGGACGACCCCUCCAGGUUUAAGACCGUCCACUGCAUGCUGUAUCCUUUCACCAGCUGGUGUCCUUGAGAACCUCACAGAAGACGACAACAACCCAACGCACGGGACAAGGCUGGUAUCCUGCUGGAUGAAGUGCUUUUAAUGGGUAUUCUGAAAAAACGGAUUUCAUUUGAUGGAGCAGUUUGAGGCGAAAAAGAAAGAAAGAAAGAAAAGAACAGAACGGUAAAUGGGUCUGAAGAGGACUCAACAGGAACACAUGAUGUUCCAGCACAUCUUGCUGUUGUUCCUGCUGAGACGGUGAUCACAUGGACACUUUAUCUACUCAGAAGAAAGAAUAUAUAAGGACUCUUGAAGUAAACAAAGUCCUUGCUCUUUACCUCUGUGUUAAAGUCUGACUGCUACAUGAAGAAAACUUUUGUGCCUGUACUACUGAGUGAUUUUGUUUGGAGUAUUUGGUCUGUGAGAAUAAAAAGCACUGAAGAAAAGGCCAGACUUUAGAAGUUUUCAGUGCUUGAUACUGAAAAUUUGUUGUAUUUCUGACAAAUGUCUAAAUGAAAAUGAAAUAAUACAGAUUUUUAAAAAUUGUGCAUACAUUUCUAUGGACACUGAUGUGAUUAAAGCUCAAUAAUAUACA